GGCACAAAGUACCGUAAACAUAAUGGGGAUGUAUCAGUUCAGACCGGUUUUGACCAUUGACAGUUACUUUUAGGCUCUCCGAUGACCGCACCACCAACCAUGAAGCGUAUAGGAUACUGGAUUAGUGAGAAAAAGAGCAAAAAGUUAAAUUUUGAGGAGCACAGAAAUAUGUUCAGAAAUGCUGGUAUUGAUCUUAAAAAGAUUGAUCUCACACGUUCAUUGGAGGAACAGGGACCAUUUGACGCCAUUCUCAACAAACUUGCUGAUGUGUUGACGCGGGCCAACAUGGGGAACACAGAAGCUCAGCAGAACAUUCAAAACAUUCAGAACUACAUUUCUGCUCAUCCAGAAUGCAUUGUGAUAGACCCAUUGCCAGUUGUAAGGCGGUUAUUGAAUCGAUACAACCAAUAUAACCUCAUGUUUCAAAGCCAUCUUGUUAAAGAAGAAAGUGAUUUUUUCGUGCCACCCUUUGUAGAGCUCCAUACCACUGACGUUGAAACAAACAAAAAGAAGAUGGCCGAAGCUGGAGUUACCUUCCCUUUUGUCAGCAAAACAUCAGUUGCUCAUGGCUCUGAAUUGUCACACAAGAUGGCAGUUAUUUUCAAUGAGGAGGGCUUGAAAGACAUCACGGUUCCAUGUGUUGCACAGUCAUUCAUCAACCACAAUGCUGUAUUGUUCAAGAUCUACGUGAUCGGCACAAAACAGUUUAUUGCUCAAAGGCCAUCUCUUAAGAACUUUUAUUCUACAGAUCAUGAAACAAUAUUUUUUGAUUCUCAUGAUGUUUCCAAACCUAGUUCUUCACACUUCUUAAACAAGAUGGACCUGCCGAAUAACCUUCCUAGUGGCCAGGCUAAGUCCAAACCUCAACUGUUGGAAAUGGUGGAUACCGAAUCGUGUUGGAAGGAGAAAGUCUGGGAUGUGCUGAUGGAUGGCAUAAAGUUGACCGAUAUGGGGUGCUAUGAGAAAAACUUGGAAAAGAUGGCAUUAAAGGCAAGGAAGUUGGAUGCCGUGGACCUUGCAAAUUCCCCAGUGAAGCCAAACAUCGUGAGGUUGAAGGAGAUGGGGGUCACUUUGAGAAAGGUGCUCGAGAUGGAUUUAUUUGGAGUGGAUAUUAUCAUUGACAGUGAAACACGCAGACAUGCCAUCAUUGAUGUUAAUGUAUUCCCAGGUUAUGAUGAGGUGGAUGACUUCUUUCAAGUAUUGCUGGACCACAUGCUUCAAGUCUUCCAUGAGUGUGAUGCAAAGGGUCGACAGACCGAGGACACAAACAAACUCCUGGCAACCAAUACCACGAGAAUUGAACGUCUCGACAACUCUACAACAAAGAAUGUAUUCCAGAACACAUGCACUCCGUCAUGCAAGAGAUUCAAAUCGGAUCUCUGCCAAUUCAAACAUUCCUUCAACAUUAAUGGGGAAUCAAGUAUGCACAAUAAUGAAUUAGAAUGUCAGAAUGGUAUACAGCAAUUUUCAAAUUCCUUCCUGGUAAAUAAUUCAAAAGACCACCACCCUUCCAGCUGCUGCUGUAUAAAGAAGACUGACGACGCAGCUAAAGAACUUGCAAGUAAUGGUCACUGAUGAAAACAGCAACCCAGUGUGGCUUAUCAUAUAGCUCAAUUUAUAAAACACAUUUUUAAUUUGGGUAGAAGGGAUGUAUAGCCAUAUAAUCAUCUGUCAUUUCUCCAGUUCAUGGGUUAGCUCAGUUGUACUGUUACAGUUUAGGUUUUUAAAUGGAAAUUACGUCUGUAUUUCAGCUGUAUAUAUAUAAAAUCUUUAAAAUCUUUAUUUGUGUUUAGUAUGGUAGAGAUUGAUCAGAGGAGAGGUUUAUUUAGAUCACUGCAUCAAUCAAGCCACUUGUCUUCCAAUUUAUACUGUAAAUUAUGAAAAUAAUGCAUCAUAUGAUAAUAUUUUCUUGAGAUGGGUUAUACACAAGAAUGCAUAUUGUUAUCAAUGCAGCUGGCAGAGAUAACAGAAAGUUCCCGCAUUAAACAAUUCAAGUUAUCUAAGUUUCACCAGUUAAGUAGAAAUCGGUAUUUGUGUAGAAACCAGCCAUAUUUGUUGUAUAUUAUUAUUAUUAUGCUAGAAUAUUGGUUGUAUAUUUUGCAUUAAUAAGUAGCUUGCAAAAAAGCAUAGUUGAGGUACAACUCCUUGUUGAAUUUUCUGUUUUAAAAAUGUAAUUUAAUUGAGUUCCAAAAAACCCCACCUAAAAACAUAAAAUGACUUGCUAAAUAUUUUUGUUGUUCAGAAGAAAAAUAAAACCAGAUUUUUUUUUAAAAUCUAAAACCAGAAUGUUAAUAUGACAGUUUAUCAAUAUACUACUGACUGAAGAUCGACCUAAAACCACAGGGGGGUGAGGAGACCCUUUAAAACAUUUGGAAGCGGAGGUUCAGCAGUACUGCUGGUGUUUAACUGUAUUUUUCAUGGGUCAUUGAAUAAGCAGUGAAUUAUUAAGCUUAUUAUAUGAGCAAACGUUUAGCCAAUUUUGCUUUUAAAUUUAUUGCAGAAUAUAAUAUUAGGUAAACAUAUUGGUGAAAAUGAAGACAGUACAAUAAUGUUUCAUAGUUGAUUAAAAGGGUUUGAUGGUUAAAUAUGAAUGGGUAUGAAAUUCCUCUUUAACUGGGACCAAGUAAAAAGCAUUUGAUUUGGAGAGGUUAUGUUCUGUACUGAUAUUUAAAAGGGAACCAUGAGUUAAGUUCAGUUUACAGAGGAUCCGGUUUAUUAUAUUGUGAUUGAUUCUGACCAGUAAUGCAUUCUGUUAGUUAGAAUUGUGAUGUUAUACCAUGUAUAUCACUGGUGUAGGAAGGUGCCAAAAAGUGGCGGUGGGGGAGCACACAUGUAUAUAAAUAUAUAUAUAUAAACUAUUGCUGCUGCUACUGAAUCAAGAAAAGUGUGGGACAUGCUCCCUUGCCCCACCCCCACCCCCACUUCCUACGCCAGUCUAUAUCAAGGAAUGGUUAUUUUGGUUCAGUAUUUAUUCUUUGAAUUUAAUCAGCACCUUGAAUCCACGUUUCAGAUUCAUGGUGCUCAUAAUAAUAAUGUUACAUAAAGCAAAAUACCAAUAGCUGCAGAAUAGUCUAAAACAAAAAUGCAAAGCAUUGAGCUAAGUUUAUAACGGAUACAUCUUAAAAUCUCUAAAUAUACUGGCAUAAGUUGAGUAAUGGAGCUGACCAUGAUAGCAGUUGGUAUAUACGUAUGACCUAUAUUAAUAAAACCCUUUUAAAGUAUUUUUUAAUUUGAUGUAUUAUGAAUUAAAUGGAUGUGUACUGAGAUUGUUGACUGUAAUUAGCAUUAUGUAAGUCACACGUUCCUGCUGACCGUCUGUGUAUACUGCUGGAGUGUAAAUAACUAGGAUUUAGUCUUCUACAAUUAUUGUGCCUUAACUCGCUGAACAUCAUAGUAAAAGCAGAUUCAUUGUAAACCUGAACAUUCACAGAAUUUAAGAAAGAAAAUAAAGACUCGAAAGUACUUUAAAAAAUUAUAACUUUAUGAAAGUACAUGGAGACUAACAAAUUGUUUUUAAUGAUUUCACAAAUAUUUAAGUUAACAUGCAUGUUCAGUUUUUAGCUUCAUAUAGUUUGGCAGAUAUUGACAACUACAUAGGCAUAUCAGAUGGAUUUCUGAAAAGAAGACAUCAAGUCAACAUAUGAUAGUAUUUAGGAAUUGAAUUUAGAUUUGAAGGUUUCAAUUAAUCGUGAUUUUACCAUUUUUGUCUGGUUUUAUAAUGAUUUUUUUUUCUUUCUUUCUUUUUUUGUACAUUUAAUAAAGAAAUCUAUGUAGUUUAAGUAAGAAUUGUGUUUCCUGGAGGCCAUUUUCAUUAGUAUGUGGUUUUAUAUUAAUGAAAUUUUUUUAAAGUGAUUUAUGAAUGGAAAAUUUCUAUAUGUUACUAUUUUAGAAAUAGGAGGUUGAUGUGGGACUCAUUUUUUUUUUCUUUUUCUGUUUUAUGCUAAUGCCAGACCCAAUUUAUUGUUCUACAUUGGUUGUGAAAUUUGGGAUUAAAAGUAAGAAUUGACAAUAAGAAAAUGUCAAUGACAAUUGGAGUGAAAGUUGUAAUUAUUACAUACAUGUAUGUAUUACAGAAAUUCUUAGAAUAUUGGUAUGUAGAUUUAUUUUUAGACAGUAGAUUGCAAAAUAGUAAUGGUAUUUUUGGCUAUAAGUUUACGACAAAAGUGAUUUAUCUGAAGGGACUACUCUAAUGUAAAUGAAAUAACAUCUGCAUUAAAACAUUAUUUUACAUGUAUAUUGUACAUAAGAAAUAUUAUAAAUGAAAAAUAAAGGUUUAAUGAAAAA